GUUCUUCUCCACGCCUACGCAUACAAUGUAUACAAUAUAAAAUUCUACCGUUUCAUUUCUUCUUAUAAUCUCUCUCUAUCUCUAAUCCCCUUUUCACAUUCCGUCUGGUUCUGUAUAUGCUGUUUGUGUAUCUCCGUUGAUCAUCCAUCGUGUUCUUUCCGAUCACCGAUUAAGAUAGGUAUUUCGAUGUAAUAAUAUAUUUUUUUACUACUGAACUUUCCUUAGCAUUAAAUUUGCAUUUUGCUUUAUAAAUCGCUCCUGAUUGAGGGGGGUUUGUUGAGCUAUGGAUUAAAUUUCGCAUUUAUAUGUAUUUUGUAUGAUCGAUGCAUUAUUUGUAUGGUUUUGGUGUGAAUUUGGGGAGAUUGUGCUUUCCGAGCUAUAUUUUCUUCAUAUGAAUUUGUAGAGUUUUGAUAUUUGAUUUUUAGUUAUUUCUUUCUGAUUUGAUUUUCCGUUUUUUUUUUCAAAUUUUUUCUUCGUGUAAGUUUAUUUUUUGUGCAUAUGGUGGAUAUAACUACUCAGUAUCAAUUUUGUUUUUGGCUUCGUUAUCGUUAUAAUAUUAAUUGGUUUAUCUGUUGCUAGAUACUCUUCCUGAUUUUCCCAGGAAAGUGGAUCAGGUAAAUAGUUACUGAAUAUGGUAAUACAUGGUGGUUUUUGGGGUUACAUAUCUUGUUGAGAUUGCUUGUUUUAUAAUAUCUUUUAGUAAUUAAUUUAUCUUGUUCGCUGUAGUCAUUGAUGAUUGUCUUUUGUUUUUUUUUUCUUUCUCAUUUAAACAUUUUUUGGGGAUUUUGUUAUGCAUCAUCAGAAAGACCCAGCCACUGCAAAAUAGCGUUAGUAUUUUAUCUCGAUCAUGUUCUCAGUGACAUAAUUAAAAAAAAAAAAAAAAAGAAAAAAGAAAAGAACUGACUAGGUUCAGUUCUCUUUAAACACCCUGUAUUUUCUAAUAUGUGAAUUUCUAACUUUCAUGUUUUAAUUAGUUUUCUUAGUGGCUAAAAAAUUGGGGUUUUAAAGAUUCAUGUUCAUGUGACAAUGUUACAUUGUCAUAGUAAAUCGUUAUUUGUUUACUCAAAGCUUAUGCUCUUUUACGUUAGAGGUUUACGUUUGUUCCGACCAGUCGGAAAGUGAAAAGGACGUCAAGCUACGCAAACGUUAGAAUGUCUCCCUGAGUGAUUAUUUAUGAUGCUUCAUCUGGCAUCAUUUUAUGGAUAGAGAGAAUAAUUUUCAGGAACUUUUAUGGUCCACCUCGAUCACUGACGAAAGGGAAUUGAAUUUGAAUUCUGGUUUCCCAUUCGAAUGAAUAAUAAAAUGACCUGCUGCAGUUACAGUAACUAACGAGUCAAGCCUUUGAGUUGGAGAAUGAAAGAAGAUAAUAUAGAACAUAAUAUUGCCAGACGUUAAGUCCUUAGCCCUGAGUGGAAUUUAUGUGUAACAGUUCAUCAUUCUGCUCCAAAAAAGGAACACAUUUUAAAUUGGUCUCAGUUAAUUCCAGGAUUGGCCUUGAUGAAAGUUACCAGCCAUAUUUUGGUAUUUAGGGGCCUUUCUGAUUUUCGUCUGCUUGAGAAAUUAGUACUUGCACAGGUCAACCAGCUAUGAGGCAUAGACACAUGUUCAACACACCUCAGAUUCCCGAGCCUGAUGGUGAUCAGGGAUGGAAUCGUGGACAUCAACCUUACAUGCCCAUGGCAAGAGCUGGUGCUACUGGAAGCAGUUCUCUUGUUCAUCCUGUGGAAAAUAUGACCAACCACAGUGGACCCUUUCCUUCUCCAUUGUACCCUGCUACUGGGUCAAAUGGAUACUCUUCAGCCAUGCUUAACGCUGAAUUGCCACAUCAUCAACCACAGGCUCCAGGUCCAUCUCAUAAUCAUUUUCCGCACCAACCUCCUGCCAGAAAUUUCCACAUGGUCCCAGAUAAAUAUUUUCAUCACCCAUCUUCGUCCAGCCUCAGUGGGCAGAGAGUCCCUGGAGUAGAUGGCAGUUCUUACAAUCAGACAAUGAGCAGUGGCAGAGGAAUGUACAAGCGUAAAAGCCCUAGCAUGCCUCAGUUGUGUGACGGGGGUUAUACAAGCAGAUAUUAUGAUGUUGGAAGCUCGUCAAAUCCGCAUCUAGGAGCUGACCGAUCGCAAGAAAAGCAGAUAAAAGAAUUUUAUCAUACCCCUCGAGAGGAGUAUCCUCCUCGUUACAGAGUUGAUAAUCUCUCUAUUGGCGGUGAAGGUAUGCCGAGAAAUGUGAGAAGUAGAACUGGAGUUGAACUGGAACCCAAUAUACCUAGGACUCAUAGGCCAAGCAAUUCUUUCCAUCGUUGCUUUUCUAGUGGAUCGUCUGAUCCGUCAAAUUCAGUGGAUUUCUGGGGGCAGAGUUCAAAUGUACCAACAAUGGAAUGGAAUCGUCAUCUCGUACCACCUGCUAGUCAUGGGUUGGCUUGUCCUCCAGAUUCCAGUGUCUUCAAUCACGUUCCCAACACCCAAAACACAGUAAACAGUUAUGCUAAUGGUUCGGUAGAGAGUGGGAGUUAUAGCAAUAAUGCUACCUCAAAUAGGAACCCUGUCCCUCAAAAUGGUAACAGUAGCUUGAACCAACCUGUCAGAGGGAUUCAAAGUGGUUUUGACCAAAGAUCCAUCCCAGCUUUCAGAGCUUCAUCAAGCAACUUUCAUCAUGGGCAGGUAGGUCAUUCAGAUGAAGGGUCACAAAUGGUGGCAGGACGUUAUCCUUCCAGAUAUCCUAGGGCCCACUCUACCAUAAGAUUCCGUACCAGUGAAAGACAUGGGAGAACUGGGAUAUCAAGUGACAGAUAUAGACCAUUUACUGAGGAGGCAAGUCUCCGUCAUCAUAUGACACCAGAGGGUCUCAUGGUUGUGGACCAGUCAACAUUUUCUGGAUCGAGAACCCUUUUUGAUCAACACAUGGACAUGAGACUUGACAUCGACAAUAUGAGCUAUGAGGAGCUCCUUGUACUGGGAGAGAGAAUCGGAAGUGUCAGCACCGGCUUGUCUGAAGAUUUAAUUUCAAAAUGUCUGACCGAGUCCAUAUACUAUGUACCGGACCAACUUCAAGACCAUGGAAAAUGUGUCAUUUGUCUGGAUGAAUACAAAAACAUGGAUAAUGCUGGGGCUCUGAAAUGCGGGCAUGAUUUUCACGUGGGAUGCAUUAGAAAAUGGCUAUCGAUAAAGAAUUCAUGUCCGAUCUGCAAGGCAUCUGCUGUGGAUGACAGCGUCAAGGACAAGUCAUCUACUUGAAUUAGUCUCAACUUUUUAAUGGUUUUCGUUUCGAAAUAUUCCUUAAAAAUUGUCGAAGACGAUCGACUUUUGAAUGCAGAUAGAUAGAUGUUCUUACCAGUUACCAUGUAUAAUAGUACUCACUCACUACCUGUUGUCCUAAUGUUCAUUUCUUCAUUUUACAAA